AACAGUUAUGGAUGUUUACUGGUGGGAUGUACCUUCACAUUGAGAUUGAUCUCUAACGGGAUAUCCCAGUCAGUCGGAUUAGUCAUCCGGGAACUUAUAGAGGAGUUCCACGUGGGAAAAAGUGAAGCUAAUGGAAUAGGAUCUUUCAAUACCGGCCUGAUGUUAUUGUCAGGUCCUUUGGCGGGUUUGGUGGAGCAGAAAUUUGGGAUCCGCAUAACUGUGAUGCUGGGUUCUCUGAUAUCAUCUAUCGGGCUGGCCUGUUGCAUGCUUGUCCCUUCAUUCCACGUCUUGUAUAUCACAUACGGAGUUAUAACCGGUUUUGGAUUUUCAUUGUUGUCCAUAUCGUCCAUGGUGCCGAUCAACAUGUACUUUCACGAGAGACGAACACUGGCGAACGGCCUGUCAACCAUCGGCGGAGGGGUUGGAACCAGCGUCUUUCCAUUUGUCAUAGCCUGGCUGAUGGAGGAGUAUGGAUGGAGGGGGCUCUAUCUUAUUCUGUCUGGGUUAUCUCUCCAAGGGGUCGUUGUUGGACUGAUAAUGAAGGACAAAUACAAAAACCCAAAACGAAAUGUACUUUUAAAUCAUAAGAAAGACGAAAAGAAGGAAGUACCUGAAGAGAGAAGCACACUUCAAAAGAUAAAGGCUUUGUACACCAACAAAUACUUCGUUCUUUAUGGGCUGGUGUCCUUUAGUGUUGAUAUGGUCGUUCUGGUCCCCUUCUUUAUGACCCCAAUAAUAGCAGCUGCUAUUGGACUGUCACCCAGGCAACAAGCAAUGAUUAUAACUGCGGCAGGGAUAGCAAGUAUCUUCCUACGUCCGACAAUAGGGCUGGCUGUAGAUCGAAUAAAGGCGCACUCAAUUACUGUGAUGGGGAUAUUCGCAAUAAUUUUGGGCGUAUCCACUUUGGGACUGCUCUAUUUACAAACCUAUACUGCCUACAUAGUAUAUGGCUGUAUAUUGGGGACCACACACGGGACCUACCUUCUUCUGAAACCGAUAGUUUUGGUGGACAUUGUUGGCAAAGAGUCAUAUGCUUUAGGACUAGGGUUUUACAGACUAUUCGCGGGCACUGCAGUCCUCACUGGGCCCCCAUUAGCAGGCUGGAUAAUGGAUAUACGUGGACAUUUUGACUGGCUGUGUUACUACGCUUUAGCAGUUUUUACAUUUGGAGGUUGCUCUUUAAUUAUAUUCAACAUUUUCCUCAGAAGACGACAUACUAAACCAUAUGAAGAAGAUUACUGUGUUGUUUCUCAGGAGGACACGGUAGACAACCAUAUCAAUACAGAUAUAUCAUUUACGACAGAAAAAACAUCAAAGGUGUCCCUGAACACGGAAAAACAAGAGAGUACAUCAAUGUAA